AUGUCAGAUAUUUGCAGAGAACCUGAUGACAGUUUAUUGACAAAUAUUGCUCCUGAAACAAAUGCGGACUCGAUUGUUGAUUCUUUAAAUGUUAAUGCUAUCCAAAUUUCUAAUCCACCUAUAACACCUUCGAGUAGUUAUCAAUCUUCCGGGUUUCUUUCUCAUAGAACCCAGCGGAGCUUUGGCAGUAUUCAGGCGACUGAGUUAGAGGAUAUCUGCAUUUACUCUGCUUUAAGGGAAGAUGAUAGAAUUUUGACUAAAAUUGUCAACGAUUGGAUAGCGAUGUACAAAGCCGAUUACUACAAAGGAUUGUCAGUUUUAAUCAAUUUUAUUUUGAAUGCUAGUGGAUACAGUGGCAUACAAGUGACUUCAGGAAUGCUAAAAACAUUACAGCAUUCAACUAUAGCAACAAAAAUAGAAGCUGAUUUUAUAUGGGAUGAUAAGUUUGUUUCAUUGCUCAGUAAAGAUAAAAAUCGUAAAAAAUUUCAUGAAGACUUCUGUUUGUUUAUUUCUACAUUAGUAUUUCAAUGCCAAUACUCGAUCAUUUACGAUGAUUUUUUUAUGCAAAAUGUAAUUUCGAUGCUGACUUGUCUAUCGAAGGUAAAACAACAAAUUCUUCGAUACACGUCUACAUUGGCAGGUAUAAAAUUAAUGACCGCAUUGGCAGAAAUUGAAUCGAAAUUAUCUGUAAAUUGUAAUUAUGCCAUACAUCAAGUUGAAGCAGAAGAAGCGAAAGAUUUGGGAAGGCAAAUGUCUGACCGAUUAGAAACACUCAUUGAAAAGCGCGAUGAAUUACUUGAAAACCAAGAAGAAUUGCAAAAGAUGAUCAAGAGUAUAUUCAAAUAUAUUUUUACACAUCGUUACAAAGACUUUGACCCAGAUAUUCGUGCGAACUGUUUAGCUGAACUAGGCAUCUGGCUAAAUACUUUUCAUUCACGAUUUCUGGAUGAUGCUUAUUUGAAAUUCAUUGGUUUUUCACUUUUCGACAAGGUAUAA